AUGUUGCUCAAUCCCGAACAAUUCACCAUACGCCCAGCCACAGAUGGACAGGCCCUCCAGCACGGCAAAGCUUGUUUUGAGGUGACCAAUUGGAGAGCGAGGAUGUCUUUGGAGGACUUCAACGCAAUUGCCGAAAGGGAGCAGUCAGAUGCAGAGUAUGCAAAAGACCAUGGAGUUAUUGGCUGGGUAUUGGUUCGCUGGGACGGGUAUGAGGGGGAGAUCUACUCUGCUUUAGAGACCCAUCGCACGAAAUGCUUCAUCAAGGACAAAGGCCAGGGUCAAGUCAGGGACGGCUGGGUAUAUGUAAUCACUGCCGUUGUGACCCCUCACAAGCAUCGUGGUCAAGGGUACGCCACACAUUUGAUCCGCCUACUGCACUACAUCCUCACUUCGCCUUCCCCUACCAUCACUCAACCGGCAAUAUCCCAAGCCAUUCCACCAUUUCCUCCAUCCUGGGGGCAGCGACCCCCACCCAUACCUCAUGAGCUGGUGCCCUACGUGCCCAGAGCCGAUGGCAGUAUGUUGUGGUCUGACGUUCUGAUGAGAGUUUACGAACGUUGUACCCUGGGGCUUAAGGGGCGAGGGUUUCAAAGCAAACAAGAAUGGAAUCACACGCUCACUUGGAAGCUUAACGGGUCACCAGAAAGUCAAUCUGAUUGGGAGUUCAUCUGGGAGUCUGACCUGGAGGACAUAUAUCCUGUUGUCUCGGCCAACUCUCGGCACAAGCUUUCCCAAGCUCAGACUACCGACAAGCCUGCCUUCUUGUGCGACCCAGCCUCACCCGGGACACUGACCAUGAUUCCCGUAAGAGGGUCGUACAGUCCUCAGCCGACUUGGCGAACCCGAGUCUUACCUUAUGGUAUCCGUCUCAAAGCCACAAAAGGACAAGGCUGGGAACACGAAGCCGUUGUCCUGUUCAGCUUGUACAACUCUGCAGCGUCACCGCGCCUCUGCGUGACAUACAUGCAGAAUAUCACACCGGGAUUGUUGCCCUCGCUUUUGGCAUCGUUGGACGGCGUAAUUCAAUACUCGGGCGCACCAUGGACAGAAGGCGAAGUAUGGGGACUCGAUCCCGCCUCCGAGCUGGUACACGCGUGGAACCGGGCGGAAGGGCGCGAUGUGGUAGUUUCGACGAGGAUUGGGACAGAAGCCAUGGCCCAUGUGCUAGGGGUAUGUUGGUAUGACGAGGAAGAGGUGGAUAUGGUCGAUUCCCAGAUGUGGGCAUGGGUGUAGGCGUAUGGCGGUAGACCGAGGAGGUGACAUCUUGGCUACGUAUGCACUGUCAUUGCUUGUGGACCAUUAGAUCCAAGAGCCGUGCUAAAUCGGGGUCUAAAGACCAAAGGACGAUCAGCAACAAGAAUAUUUCGCCUUCUGCCUUCUCCAUGGAAUUGAUCCAGUCGCAGCGCUCAUGCCUAUAGAGGGCAAAGACUUGUUCUCGGAUUCUUUUCUCGAUCGGUAUCCGCAUUCGCAUUUUUCUGAUGGAGAGCGGCUGGAACAUGGGGUGGGACGAAGACCCAGGCGACCAGGUCUGUGACUGAAUAUCGACGAUUACUCGGACGAAUUAUUUUCGUUAGAAUUGCUUUUGUGUGACCCCAAACU